AUGAGCGGCAAGGACAGGGAGCGGCACGAACAGGAAGCCAUCUUGAACAAGCUCAGGAAGGAAGGACUCGUCCUGCGGCCCGAGAGCAAGGCCUCUGGUGGGGUGGCGUUCGAACUGGUGUCUGCAGAAACCGAAGAGAAGCCUUCGACAAAAGGCGCCACUCGGAAACUGCCUCCGUUGCUUCAGAAGAAGAAAAGGAAAAACAAGGAACACUCACGAGUGACGAAAGAAAGUAUUCUCGACAAGCUCGAAAAAGCGGAAGACCGGCGAAAGAAACAAGUCGAAGAAAAAGUCCGGAAGGCGAAGGCAUUUUUGGAAGAAGCAUGCCCUUCGAGGAAACCGGUUGAAGAAGCGAACAUUACGCACGUUGUAAAAAUGGCUUCCAAGAUAGAAAGCAGAGAUAAACGACUCGAGGAUAUGGUUCGGAAAUUGAAAGCCAAGGAGGAACACGCGGAGAGAGUUAGAAGAAGAAAGCUGCUGCGGCAAGCGACCAUCCAGGACUCUACAGAGGCGCCCAUCUAGUACCCAGUUAACAGUUUUAAACGUAUAUCAACGAUGGAAGCUCUGAGCGAAGUGACGAGUUGACUAUUCCGCUGUACCCUGUUUGCCGCAACAUGGCAGUCCACGAGAUGACAGUUACCGUACGCUGAACAAGAUUAUAAAUAAGGACCACUUGUUGUACAUGGUCUUGGGUUAUCGCUCU